UUUAGCGGUUAAACGUGUAACAACAACUAUCGCUAAGCCCUACUAAUCAAUUAACAAUACAAUUAGCAACUUAGCGGGACGUACAUAGGAAAUACAACGUAAAAUCGUCACCUAUAACCCUUGAACAACGCCCGUUGGUUGGGUCAACUUGAUCUCUACCCACAUCAACAGAAAGGUGUGUUCAAGGUCCAGCAAUUCAGGCUUGAGUAUCUUAAGCCGCUAUGCACCUCCCGCAACCAGCGUCCCAAUGUCCGCCAACAACAUCCCCAAUGGCAACUUCACCGUGUCAACAACGCAGAAAGCUUCUAAUAAGCUAAACAAUCCCUCGUCAAGUUCCCCCAUUCACGAUGCCUCGACUCUUUCCGACGUCCGCGCUGGGCUAGCUGCUCUACAUGUGCGCGAGACCAGCAUAACUAAUCGUCUCAAUGCGCUUAUAUCUUCCCAAGCCGACUUGUCCCGCGAGCUAGGCCGGCUCGAUCUACUCCGUGCGAAUCUCGGCUCCCAGGUCAUCGCGACAAGAUCCAUAAGCAAUGGGAUGCUCUCAUCGGCUGCCGACACUGCAGGACGACUUUCUAGUCGGGUUAAGGAGCUCGACCUAGAGAAAGACAGAGUGCAGCAAACACUGAAAGUGGUUGAGCAGGUCGCGGAACUCAAAGCAUGCGUCCAUGGAGUAGUGGGCAGUAUGGGCGCCCCCCAAGACUGGGAAGCAGCAGCAGGCUAUAUAUCCCGCGCAAGCAAAGUACCAGAGACUAUUAUACGCGGUGGCUUUGCGGCUUCCAUGGUACCGAGCGUCGAGGUGCCAGAUGCGCCUUGGGUGACACUUGAGAAUGCAAAGGAAAGCUUAUGCGGCCUGUUCCUACGAGAAUUCGAGAAGGCAGUCAAAGAAGGCGAUGGCGCCAAGAUUACGAGAUUCUUCAAACUGUUCCCUUUAAUAGGGAGAGGAGAUGUUGGAUUAGACGUAUAUGGGCGCUACGUGUGCCAGGGGGUUGCCGGGACAGCUAGGGCAACUCUCAAGGCGACACCCGGCGACGCGGGGAAGAGAGAUGGGUUCUUUUACGCCAACGCACUUACGAAGCUCUUUGAGCACAUCGCCCAGAUUGUUGAAAGUCAUGGUGGACUCGUAGAGAGGCACUACGGUGAAGGCAAGAUGGUCAAAGUCAUAGAGAGACUCCAGAUGGAGGCUGACGUGCAAGGUGGUAUUAUUUUGGAUUCGUGGGGCGAUGAAAGAAGCGUUGAUAGGAAACUCACCGACGCAAAAAGUUAUCCAUUUUCUUUCUUAGUUCAAAGUUUCCUACCUCCGCAAAGGACGCUUACGGGUACUCCGCGUGUAAACUCCCCGGCGGUAGGCGGCGGUACCAACUCGCGGAAUAGUGAGGAUGAAGGCGUAGACAUGAAAGAAGUAGAUGCUCUACUUAGCGAGAUCUCCAUCAUGCUUGGCCGAUGGUCAUUAUACUCCAAGUUCCUUGCUAGCAAAUGCAGAAACCCCGAUACCCCUGAAGAUGCGCCUCUAUCAAUACCUGAGGUCGUCACAAAAUCCAAUCUCGGUCGAAAGAUCUCAUCAAAGUUAACAUCACCUUAUAAUUCCUUGGCUUUGUUCUUUUUUAGACGAUCUGUUGAAAAGGCGUUCCAACUGGACGAAUCGCCUACAGGUCUUUCCCUAAAUCUUAACAAACCCAUCGAUGGAAACGCCCCUUACAUCAUCUCGGCCGUUGACGAUGUUAUGUAUAUCGUCAGCGCAAUAAUUCAGAAGGCUAUGUCAACAGCGCAACGUGAUGUGGCCGCCUCAGUAAUUCCAGACGUCGGGAGGGUACUAGGAUCAGACUUUAUUGGAAUGGUCCAGCGGAGGAUGCGAGAUGAAUCAUAUCCCCAGCCAACUGUUCAAGGGGGGCUACCACCUGAAAACAAGAUUAUUUCUUUCAUUGUGCUUAUCAACAGUUUGGACGUUGCGAAAGACUAUCUAGACCGCAUCAUUACAUCUCAAUUAGGCACGUCCCCUGAUCAACCCAAUGGAGCAGCAGAGUCUAGCCCCCUCGCCGCGUCCUUCCCGUUCGAGCAUGAUGUUACUUUCGUAACGACAGCACUUAACACGUUACAUUCUACAUUCGGGCUUAAGACCAGCGAACUGAUAUCUGAUGCAUUGAGGGUCUUGUUCUCUGCCGUUAUCAAACAAAGAUUAAAACCAGUACUAGUUGAAGCCUUCCGCGAUGCCGAUUAUUGGCGUUCUGAAGAUGAACUGGCAGAAAUCGCGCGCCAAAACGACGAAGACGAAGACGAAGUUAUAGAUCGUGUUCAUCGAAGAUUCGAAAAUGGGUGGGAUACGCUGAUGAAACCUAUAGCACGAAUCAUGACCCCGAAAACAUUCACGGCGCUCAUGGACCUCACAGCGACAGAUCUGUCUAAGACACUUGAAAAAAGGGUGUGGAGUUAUAGCGGGAAGACCAGCGCGUACGGAGCCAUACGAAUGGAGCGAGAUUUCUCAGGCAUCAUUAGCACUGUUGCCCGAGGUAACUAUUCUGUUAGGGAGCUAUUUGCGAGAGUAUCACAGAUACUCAUGGUGGCUAAUAUGGAAGAAGAUGAGUGGGAAGAGCUCAACAACGACGAGGACGAGGACGGCAUCCAGUGGGUUCUCAACGAAGACGAAAGGCGAAGAGCUAGAAAUUUAGUUAAGGCGUGACGAUAGAUGAUGCUCAUACUCUACGGGUUUUUAUGACAUGUGGCAAGUGUAGGAUGCAUCAGGUUUGUAAAAACCUACCUAUGGUAGAAGACGUAUGUAGUAAAGGGGACUCAUACUAUCCCAUUCUCUGCCAUUCACUGUGCUUUAAAUUCCCCCAAGUAUUUUCA